AUGAAAUUAUUUCUAAAAUCUAUAUUUUUAUUCAUUGUACUAUUAAACUUCUCCAAAGGAUCUCUGUCUCAAGAAGUUCCUUCAGAUGAAGUCUUAUUCGAAGCAUUCAAUAAUUGGAUGAUAAACUAUGAUAUUCAUUUUACAUCUGGUGAUAUGCAAAGUAAAUUUCAAUCGUGGAAGGAAAAUGCAAUUGAUAUUGCCAAAAGAAAUGAAGCUAUUUCAGGAGGUGAUAUGCUUUUAACUUAUGAUGAAGGAGCUGGUGGAGUUCAAAGAACUCUUCUUGAUGCUGCUCCAGUUGUAUCCUAUCCAAAUGCAGACACAUUAAAAUUUUCUUUAAAUCAAUUUUCGGAUAUCCCAUCUUCUGAAUUCCUUUCACAAUAUACUGGACAUAUUCCAAAUCCAAGUCAUGCAGUUAUUCCAGCUGUUGCUGCCGCUUCUGGUCUUUCAGCAGGUGCCAUUGCAGGUAUUGCAGUUGGUGGAGCUGCAGCAGUUGGUUUAAUAAUUGGAGGUGGAAUCUUCGGAUUGAAGAAAGCUAAAAUCAUUGGAAAGAAGGAUACUGAAGAGAAAAGAUCUAUUCCAUCACCAAUUGAAAUGCAAACAAGAGCUUCCAACGUUAUACCAAACGAACCAGAACCUGUUCCAUUCAGUAGCACUACUCAAGAGGUGAAGAUUAUCGAUCCAUCGGAAGACCCCAGCUCCCCGGUGAAAGGAGGUAUCAAUGUAUUCGAUCACAGUAAGAAUCCAAGACAUUCAAUCACUGCCAGAGACAUCAGAAACUGGGAAUCAACCGAUAUCAAUGAUAACCAGCAAGAAGAUGAGAAAGAGAAUGAGAAACAUGAAUACGAAGAUAAACUUUAG